GGUGGGAAACGGACCGGAAGUGACGAGGGCGAGUUCCGGUUGGCCGGACCCCAGCGGCGGGUGUGAGAGUCGGUCAGGAGCCGCUUCCAGGAUACUGAGAUCCGGAGAAGCCGGGGUCAGAGCGGCUCCUCAAGAGUUACUGAUCUAUGAAAUGGCAGAGAAUGGAAAAAAUUGUGACCAGAGACGUGUAGCAAUGAACAAGGAACAAUAUAAUGGAAACUUCACAGACCCUUCUUCAAUGAAUGAAAAGAAGAGGAGGGAUCGGGAAGAGAGGCAGAAUAUUGUCCUGUGGAGACAGCCACUCAUUACCUUGCAGUAUUUUUCUCUGGAAAUCCUAGUAAUCUUGAAGGAAUGGACCUCAAAAUUAUGGCAUCGUCAAAGCAUUGUGGUAUCUUUUUUAUUGCUGCUUGCUGUACUUAUAGCUACGUAUUGUGUUGAAGGAGCACAUCAACAGUAUGUGCAACGUAUAGAGAAACAAUUUCUCUUGUAUGCCUACUGGAUAGGCUUAGGAAUUUUGUCUUCUGUUGGGCUUGGAACAGGGCUGCACACCUUCCUCCUUUAUCUGGGUCCACAUAUAGCUUCAGUUACAUUAGCUGCUUAUGAAUGCAAUUCAGUUAAUUUCCCUGAACCACCUUAUCCUGAUCAAAUUAUUUGUCCAGAUGAAGAGAGCAUUGAAGGAACCAUUUCUUUGUGGAGCAUCAUCUCAAAAGUUAGGAUUGAGGCCUGCAUGUGGGGUAUCGGUACAGCAAUUGGAGAGCUGCCUCCAUAUUUCAUGGCCAGGGCAGCUCGCCUCUCAGGUGCUGAACCAGAUGAUGAAGAGUAUCAGGAAUUCGAAGAAAUGCUGGAACAUGCAGAGACUGCACAAGACUUUGCUUCCCGGGCUAAACUGGCAGUUCAAAACCUAGUACAGAAGGUUGGAUUUUUUGGAAUUUUGGCCUGUGCUUCAAUUCCAAAUCCUCUAUUUGACCUGGCUGGAAUAACAUGUGGACAUUUUCUUGUACCUUUUUGGACUUUCUUUGGUGCAACUCUGAUUGGAAAAGCAAUAAUUAAAAUGCAUAUCCAGAAAAUCUUCGUUAUAAUAACAUUCAGCAAACACAUAGUGGAGCAGAUGGUGGCUUUCAUCGGUGCUGUCCCCGGCAUAGGUCCAUCUCUGCAGAAGCCAUUUCAGGAAUAUCUGGAGGCCCAGCGGCAGAAGCUUCACCACAGAAGUGAGAUGGGCACACCGCAGGGAGAAAACUGGUUGUCCUGGAUGUUUGAGAAGUUGGUCGUUGUAAUGGUGUGUUACUUCAUCCUGUCCAUCAUUAACUCCAUGGCACAAAGUUAUGCCAAACGAAUCCAGCAGCGGUUGAACUCAGAGGAGAAAACCAAAUAAGCAGAAAAAGGUUCUAAUGGCAGAAAUGAGAAAUGAGUUCUGCCUUAAAUUGGGAGGACUCCAAACCAGGAAGGAAAAUACCCUUUUCCACCCUAUAUCAAUUUAAAAAAAAAAAUGUUUUGUUUUGUUUUGUUUUGUUUUCUGAAAACAGUUUAGUCCAUAUUUUGCACUGACACACUUUUCCUUUGUGUGUUAAGGUAAGGUAUCCACCCUCAAUUCAAUCCAGCUUGUGUUUUAUUCAGGUGGAAUGUGAUGUUCAGCAGCGAACUUAACAGAAACCGGGCUUUUCUUUGUUACUUUCAGAAGGCCCACGUGGUACAAUUAAAGAAUUCCGGACACCAAAAACUAGUUCCUAACUAUGUUGAGUAUGUCAAGCCUUUUAGGCUUGUCAGAAAUGACUCCUUUGUUUUUCUAAGUCAUUAAAGUGUGUAUAAAUUAUACUAGAUUGGAUAACGGUCUUGCAUGUCUAUCAUGGUAAAAUUUAUUUAAUCCUGCCCAACCCUUCCUCUCCUACCUUAAAAAAAAGGCCAUCUUAUGAUGCAUUGCACACCCUCUUGGGAAACUGAUCUUUAAAUUUUGAGACAGUAUAAGAAAAUUCUGAUUGGUGUCUCACGAAUGAGCUGACACCAUUUUUUAUUCUGUAUAUUUAGAAUGAAGUCAUGAACAAACUUUAUAAAGACAUCUUUGAUCAUUCCAAAA